GAAAAGCUCUCCUCCCGUUCGUAGUUGAACGCUGUCAUUUGGCGUUAUUAGACGUGAAUUUAGCGUCAGUUGUCGUCGGGUUUUUGCUUUAUUAUCUCUAUAGUUGAGAUUCGUCGUUGUUGUCGCAGCCUCCGCAAUCUUUAUAAAGUUAGAAAUUUAAAAACAUAAUCACAAUAACUGCAAUAACAAAAACAAAAAAACAAACUAAUAGAAACCUUGACAACAUUACAAAUUAAUUUAGCUCGUCAACAUAUUUGCGCAAUUUGUAUCUGAAGAGAUCCGUUUAAUUGCGCAUCACAGUGAGUUUCGGGUUCAACCGACAGCCAUAGCCUGUCCACACUCAAGAAACACACACACAGACACACACACACACAGACACACUCAUACAUGACGUCCCGUUGACAUGUGCCCCGUUGGAGAUACAGGGAGACACAGUGACAGGAAGCUUGUCAUAAAAAGUGCGUCGUAUACUUGGAACUAUCAACUGGCAAUUAGCCGACAACAACAACAACAGCAACAACAACAACAACAACAAAUGUGCAACAUAGCAACACUGCAACAGUGUGGCAAACAACAUUUCAUGUUCAAAGACUGAAGAAUAAGCAACAACAAGGAAAACAGUGACAAGAAUCUAAUUACCAACCAAGUUACUAUAAACACAUCCUUCCCUUGACUUGGCUGCAAUGGCCGACGCUGAAUGGCAGGCAUUGGUGGAGAGUCUGGGUGAUGGCAAUGCCAUUAGUAACUUCUCAAUGGAAAUGCUGCAACGGGCCAGCGAACUAAUUGGCUCCCAACCGGCGCACAGCGGUACUCAACUCAAUCGCACCCUGGAGGAGCAAUGCAAGCAGCAGGCCGACCUGGACGAGAUCCUCUAUCCAACCCACACAGUCUCCGACACGCACAGCAGCAGCAUCCACACAGCAUCCACAUCAACAGCAGACAAGGUGAGCUUACACUGUCCCACCUCCUUCGAUUCGGUGCUCUGUUGGCCUCGUACCAACGCUGGCAGCUGGGCGAUUCUGUCCUGUUUUGAGGAGUUUAAGGGUGUGCACUAUGACACAACAGAGAAUGCAACGCGUUUCUGUCAUGCGAAUGGCACUUGGAAUCACUACUCCAACUAUACCAGAUGCCAUCAGCAAACGGGAUCUCUGCCAGUUGUGCCCGACUUCUCAGCCAGCGUCGAAUUGCCGGCCAUUAUCUAUGCUUGCGGUUAUUUCAUAAGUUUUGCCACUUUGGUGGUGGCUCUCAUUAUAUUCUUAAGCUUCAAAGAUUUGCGCUGUUUGCGAAACACAAUACAUGCGAAUCUGUUCCUAACCUACAUCACCUCUGCACUGCUGUGGAUCUUAACACUCUUUCUGCAAGUGAUAACCACCGAAUCUAGUCAGGCUGGCUGCAUAACGCUGGUCAUUAUGUUUCAAUACUUUUACCUGACCAACUUCUUUUGGAUGUUCGUUGAGGAAAGAAGUAUUCUGGACAUUGAAUGCAGCUGGAUGUCGGAAUCUCAUAUUGAUUGGAUAUUUAAGGGACCGGCCUCAUUUGCGAUUCUAAUUAAUUUAGUUUUCUUGAUACGCAUCAUGUGGGUGCUCAUUACAAAGUUGCGUUCUGUGCAUACACUGGAGACACGGCAGUAUUAUAAGGCAUCCAAGGCUCUACUCGUGCUAAUUCCACUCUUUGGCAUUACGUAUCUGCUGGUUUUAACCGGACCCGAGCAGGGCAUCAGUCGGAAUCUCUUUGAAGCCGUGCGCGCCUUUCUGCUCAGCACACAGGGCUUCUUUGUAGCAUUUUUCUACUGCUUUUUGAACUCGGAAGUGCGACAGACUUUGCGACAUCGCUUCAUCAGAUGGCAGGAGAGUCGUAGUAUAAAUCGCAGCAGCUCACUGAAGAAUCGCAGACAUCGCGCAUCCAAAGACUACUCGCAGCGCUCGCGUACUGAAAGUCUACGCCUGACUUUGACAAGUCCCGUGCCUGCUGGACACUAUGAAUGAUUAUUAUAGAUUUAAAAACCACCGAGAUUUGCUUUUUAUAUAUGUCAAACAUACCGUUUUGUAUAUACAUACGUAUUGCAUACAUUAUUAAAGUAUUAUUUUCUUACAAUUAAUGGCAAUGUACUCGCACUUGUGUAUUUUCUCUGUGCUGUAAACUAUUUGAAUUUCAUCUCAAUCUUUUGCAGUACCGAGGAGUGUGUCAUCUGCUUGCGUCCAUCACCGCAUACUCGUUUGGGCUCAUUGAAACGUUAUCACAGCAUUGAUUUAACCGACUUUGUUUAAAUAAGCGACUAAUUAUUGCAUUUACACAAGUAUUUAAUCAAUUCAUUACAUUUGUAUAGUCAAAUGAAAGGCCAAAGUAAAAUCAUUUUACUGUAUAGACUCGACUUUAAGUUUAUUCUUGUUUGAAAGUGACUUGAAGUUACAGGAAAAAUGUUUAAAACAAACGUAUUUGUAUUAUACUCGUAUGUUUAAUUAUAAAAUCUCUCACUUAAGUUAAGUACACAACGAAAAUGUAACAUAAUUCAUAAUUUAUUUGGAUAAAUUAACAUUAGGAUUGUGCAGAGCGCAACUAAACUGAAAAGAUCAAGGGGUCGAAUUAAAAAUUCAUUCAUUCAGUUGCACUGUGCACACUAUGACUAUAAAUAUUAUUAAAAAUUAGCUAUAGAUUUGCUAUGUUUUCAAUUUGUUUGUCGAUUAUGUGCCAAUGCGUGCAAAAAUGUUACAAUUACAUAUUUAUGUAUAUUAUUAACCCUAGGUAUUUUUUUUUUUUUUAUCAAUUACCAUUUGUCAUUUAUAAUUUUUUGUUCUUGCUAUUAAUUUAUUUUCUCAUAAGGUCACAUUGUUUGUAUCACUGAUAAAUUUAAUUCAAUUAAAAAAUAAACUAAACAAAAUACUAUGAAA